AUGUUCGCUACUCUCGCCGUCUACGCCGUCGACAUUCGUGAUACCGGUGCCAACUACCGGAAUAGUGGUACGAGAACCCCCGUCCCGCCCGCGCCGCCCGGGAAUACAGAGACCACUGGCUCCGUAUCUUCGGCCCACACCCCAUACCCCAUGGCUCAGUGUGCACCCCGCGCACCCACAGGCCCACAGGCCCACAGGCCCACAGGACAAGCUGGGCGCGAUCGGGCGUCGGGCAGAACAGAAGGCGAGCAGUGCUACAUGCUUAUCACCCAGUGCCCGCAGCUUCUUGCGCCCUCGCCACGAUCCAAUGGGCAACGUCGGUCCACUGGUGCAGCCGGUGCAGCCGGCGCAGGUUGGUCAGCAAGUCCAGGUGACUUGGGCCCGUUGCCCGAUCAGGCUGAGGCGGCUGAGGUGGCUCAGGCGGCUGAGGCGUCUUGCGCCCUCGUCAUCUACAUUUCCAAGAGAAUUUCCAAGCACAACAGCGGACACAACGGAAUGGGGCACCGGGGGCGCACUCAUCCCUCACGACGAUCAUCACGGCUUACACUGAUACACUGGCCUGCAGCCUGCGCUCGGAUCAGGGGGGGGGUACGAGGGUACGAGGGUACGAGGGUACGAGGGUACGAGGGUACGAGGGUACGAGGGCAUGAACGCUCAGGCCAUGGCACAAUACCAGAUACCAGAUACCAGGAUAGGCAUCGACACAAGCCGGCAAAGACCGCGCCGCACCCGACUAAAGAUAGCUCAGACAGUCCGACAGUCCGACAGUUGGCAAAACAGCUUUGCCUGAUGGCGAGAGGAGAGGCGAUAGCGGAUCUCGGAGAUCCGGAGAGAGCUCAUGACUAUGCCGAGAUGCAGGAGCUCGACAUUCACAAGACUCGAGCCCAUCACUGCCUCCGCAGGUGGCAUGGACGGCCGCUCGCGCGCUCGGGUUUCGCUCACUCUCAUGCCCCCCGCCUCGAUCAGUACCGCGGCUCGCCGGCUCUCUGCUGGUAG